GUUUAUCUCCCACGGCCACAGCAGGUGCGCCGGAGUUGUCUAGUGGAGCAAAUGCGGUAACUCCAGUUCCGUCACCGAGGGGUUCGGAUGCGUCCUUGCUCAGUGUGUCUGUCGUAUCUGUCAUCUUCAUGGCACUCAUCUCUUCCUGCUAUUGAGCCUUAUAAUUUAAUUGCGAUUGUUGAGUUCAUUUUAUUUAGUUUGGUGAUCAUACUUACCUUUCUUUGUUUUUUUUUUUGAAAAAGUCACAUUCACCUUUCAUGUGUCAAUUUUAUUGAGA